AUGUUAAUAUACUAUCCUCUGGAAGAUAACCAAGGAGAUAUUCUUAACACCUUUAAAUUCCGACAGAGUCUCGCCCGGCCCGAUUUCCUAGACGUGUGUAUGACGGUUGAAGGAACUCUGCUGUUCUCGGACUGCUUCCCCAAGUUAAUUAUUGACGACCAUACUCUUGAGACAGGACUCUGUCUUUGGGUUCAAUAUCAGAACAAUAGAAGGCGAGAGAGGGCUUGGAGGGCUCAGAUGUUUAUGGAUGAGUUCCCGCUUUUCUUUCUCGCGUUUCAUGCCAAUUCGGACCCGUUGGAUGAGGUGCUCGAAUAUAUGGAGAACGACAGACUUGAAGAUGAGGAUCCGGAGGUGAUUUUGGAAGAGAAGCCGGUCGAUACGCAUCGCCCCUUUGUGGAAAUCUUUGAGAACGAUCGGCGCGACGAUGUGGACCGUUAUGCUCCAGGGUUCCGUAAGGCUGAAGCGGCAGGUGACGGUUUGGCGAUUGGAUAUGAAUUAGAACGGAUCCUUGCAGAUAGCGGAGCCCCGUUAAAGAUUAACGAAGGAUGA